AUGUCGGAAACCCAGACUGCAGCGGUAGUUGCGAGCUUCGGCGAACCAUACAUCUUGAAGCAGAUCCCACGCCCCGAAAACCCGAAAGGGCCUGACCUGCUCAUCAAGGUCCUCGCAGCCUCAUACUGUCACACAGAUGCCGUAUUCGCUGCAGGGCUCUUAUCUCAGGACCUGCCCCGGAUAGGGUGCCAUGAAUUUGCUGGAGAGGUGGUAGCGGUAGGCCCUGAAGUCCGGGGUAUCGCGGUAGGCCAGAGGGUGGGAGUACCAGGCCGGGCGUACCAUCCUUGCGGCUCUUGCUACGAAUGUACGCAUCCCGGGCAGGAUGAGAUGGGAUACUCGCCUUACUGUCCUCAAGCUGGAAACCUGGGUUUGACACGGGAUGGAGGGUUCCAGGAGUACUGCCUGGUGGACAACCGGCAGAUCGCCCCCCUUCCUGAGAGUCUGCACGCAACGCAAGCUGCACCGCUGAUGUGCGCUGGCCUUACCAUCUGGAGCGCUCUUCAACAUGAAAAAGUGAGAAGAGCGCAGCGAGUUGGCAUCAUUGGUGCGGGUGGCGGGUUGGGCCACAUUGGAGUGCAAUUUGCGGCAUACCUUGGCAAAGAUGUUCUCGCCAUUGAUGCUGCAGAUCAGGCCCUCCAGCUUGUCCAGCAGGUCAAGGCCGACCUUGGUGAAGCGGGAAAGAGAGUGCAUAUAUCCGAUGCCCGGAGCGAGGACCUGGAGACCAUGAAAUCCAUGGGCUGCUCCACAGCCGGCAUUGCGCCCACGGAGGUUGGGUUGGACGCCGUUAUCCUCCUCUCAGAAUUUCAAAGAGCGUUCGACAUGGGCAUGAAGCUCCUUCGGAAUCACGGGACCAUGGUCGUUGUCAGCUUCCCCAAGGAAAAGUUGUCAGUCAGCGCACAUGACCUUGUGUUCCGCGACAUUGCCGUGGUUGGAAGCUUGGUCGGAAGAAAUCACCAGUUGCGAGAGAUGCUGGGCUUUGUGGUGAAGCAUCAGGUUCAGGUUCGGGUCAAGACAUUUGCCUUUAACCAACUCAACGAGCUCGGAGAGCAAUCUCACCAGGGAGAGGGGGGCAAACUUGUCAUUGAUAUGACACUCGGGUGA